GUCCAUUCGGCGCCGCCUAAACUUGUGGCCGAAAGAGUCCGCGAAAUUUCCACACCCACAUUUUCCAAAAUCGACUUUGAGACCGCCGCCAGCACCGCCAUCACAACCUCGCAACCGCACCGUCAACGAUCCACGACGAGGUGAGUACAUUUGCAUUUUUGCCAAUCCCCAUCCCCAUCAAUCGCCCAACGAGGAGAAAGAACCGGCAAAAUGGGUAUCUCCAGAGACUCCAGGCACAAGCGCUCCCACACCGGUGCUAAGCGCGCUUACUACCGGAAGAAGAGAGCCUUCGAGGCGGGUCGCCAGCCCGCUAACACCCGUAUCGGUGCUAAGCGCAUUCACACCGUCCGCACCCGCGGUGGUAACCACAAGUACCGUGCCCUCCGUCUCGACUCCGGUAACUUCGCCUGGGCCUCCGAGGGUUGCACUCGCAAGACCCGUGUGAUCGUUGUCGCGUACCACCCUUCCAACAACGAGCUCGUCCGUACCAACACCCUCACCAAGUCCGCUGUUGUCCAGAUCGACGCUGCCCCCUUCCGUCAGUGGUACGAGGCCCACUACGGCCAGCCCCUCGGUCGCCGUCGCCAGCAGAAGCAGGGUCAGGUCGUUGAGGAGGUCAAGAAGUCCAAGUCUGUCGAGAAGAAGCAGGCUGAGCGCUUCGCCGCCGCCGGCAAGGUCGACCCCGCCCUCGAGAAGCAGUUCGAGGCCGGUCGUCUCUACGCCGUCAUCUCUUCCCGCCCCGGCCAGUCCGGUCGCUGCGACGGUUACAUCCUCGAGGGUGAGGAGCUCGCUUUCUACCAGCGCAAGCUCCACAAGUAAACGUCUCGCCCUUGCCGGGAGGAGUUUGCUGUGCCAAGAGGAUCAGGGAGGAAGAUGGAUUGAUGGGUCCAGGCUCGCGUCGGCUGUCCGCCCGAUUGUCGAGUCUGUCGUGUCCGUUGCUGUGCGAGCUAUGCGCAACGGUACGAGGACCAACAUGUGGUUCCCCGUCGUCUGAAAAAAGAUGGCGGCCCACUGCUUAUUCCCUUUCGCUGCUUCGUUUCUUCGGUAAAAGGCAUGAAAUGGGGUUUAGAGGGCAACGGGAUAAUGAGAGAUACCAUGACAAUUCACAGCCACCCGAGUCAAUCCAAAGCUUCACUUCACUAAUUUUCUUGAUACUUGCCGUAAUCUGUGAUGUACGAUCUUGGUCUAGAGGAGGUCUGAUAUGAAAAAUCUAUUUCGCAUGUAUUCUCAAGCCCGAACAGCUUGCAGGUGUUCAACGCCUUCCAAAUCGAACGCAUCGAUUGCCAUAUGACAGCGACCACCUCCGCCUGUCUUUUAGAAGAUGCGUCAGGGUAUCCUGCCUUUUCCCUCGGCCAACUGAGUUGCUUCAAUAUCAUUUAGGGAGGCGUACGCACAGGUAAAUUUUCCAGCCGAAGCCUUCUGUGCACAAUCAAGUUAAGGCAAUUCUAACUUAUCUACUCCAUCGUCCUCUCCGUCUUUCCUCAAGUCCUCUCACAUAACGAUAAUUCUUUUUCUUUGUCGUGUUUCGACCACAUAUAUGUAUGCAUGGUUGACAAUUGACGGUUCCUUCAAGUUGUUCCUAACUCCCAACUCCUAACUUUUUAGUCCCUCCCUAGUCCCUAGCCCCUGGUCU